UUUUCUGCGGGCAGAGCUGAUAGAAAGGUGUCAUGCAUAGUUAUGCUAAAAUUUUCUUUGUUUUAUGCAUUAUUUUUACUCUAAUUUUCUUUCCGUGGGAGGUGAUUUUUGUGUCUGAAGAUGAACUGGAAGAUUCCUCUGUGACUAGAAGUGAUUUCCAAAAAAGUGAAGAAACUAAUAAUCAAAGUCAAGAAGAAGGUCAUCAGUUGAGUGGUUAUAAAGUGAAGCAUAUUCUUCUGUAUCAAGUCCCACCUUGGAUGAAAACUGUUUUAUUGGCACCAACAGAUAACAAAUGCAUUGUAACAAGUGAUAAGAAUUACCUGCCGCAGAUUGAAAAUUUCGAUGCGUUGCUCUUUAGUGGUCAACACAGAUGGACAGUAGAAGAAAAUUUCCCGAAAGUCCGUUCGCCUCAUCAGUUGUAUGUGUUUGUGGACCUUGAAUGUCCUCUGAUGUCCUUCCAUGAAUUUUCUGUUGAUCCUCAGAAGGAAAUCUACAAUCUAACCAUGACUUAUCGUAGAGAUUCAGACAUUUACUGGCCUUAUGGCUUUAUUACAGAUCGAAAGAUAAAGUACCAAAGUCAGGCUGAGGAGCCAAAUUGGAUGAACCCAGUCUUUGAGGAUAAAGUCGAUCCGACUCUCUUGGAACGAAUUACGAGUAAGAACAGAACAGCCGCUUGGUUUGUAUCAAACUGCUACGCCCAUUCACAACGGACCUACCUUGCUCAGGCUUUGCAGAAGGUGAUUGAUGUGGACAUUUACGGCAAAUGUGGUCCAUUGAAAUGCCCUCGUAAUAUGAGCGAAGACUGUUACGAGCACGUAGAUCAGGAGUACUUUUUCUAUUUAUCCUUUGAAAAUUCCCUCUGCAAGGAUUACCUCACAGAGAAAGUCUUCAACAUAAUGCGGUACAGUGUUGUUCCUGUUGUCUACGGUGGUGCAAACUAUUCACAACACCUACCCCCUCAUUCCUACAUCAAUGCCAAUGAUUUUGACACAGCAACGGAGUUGGCAAACUACUUAACCUAUCUCCGUAGCAACAUAACAGCCUACGUUCAAUACUUCUGGUGGAAGAAGUACUACAAAACCAUCGUUAGUGGAAAGAUCUACAACAAUCUCUGCGACAAGCUUCAUGACUUGCCUGAUAAUCACACAGGAAAGUUUUAUGAUAAUAUCAAGACGUGGUGGGAGAAAGAUCAGUGUACAAACAGUCGGAGGAUCCAUUUUGUAUGAUAUUUUGGUAAAUGUUUGAAUUUUUAAUAAUAAAAAUUAAAGAAUUUUUGGUGUUUA